GCGCGGGGGUUCCUCGGCGCUGCGUUUCCUGCUUCUUCUGUUACGCUUCAGUCUCACGGGUGAAUAUAAAAGCCCAACACGAGUUUCAAUCUCUGAGUCACUUGAGUUUAAGAGCUGGUGCAGGAUUUUGCCUUUUUAACGAGUACUAGGUUGGAUCAAACCAUUCUCAAACCCCCCCGCUACCGGCGUCUCCUCUUACUCAACCGAUCCAUGAUGUAACUUUCGCCGGUACUGAUCUGACCGGCUUCGUUCGCGGGGAAAGGAACUUAUUUAGACGGAUUAUAAUUCUGUGACAAUGUCUCGGCUUUGUGAGAACCACACUGGACUUUAAGCCCCCGGAAGACAGCCCCAGCCCAGCUCCGAGAGAGGAGGACACGAUGAAGCCAGCGCGUCGCUGCUCGGCUCUGGCCCGGCAGCUCUGGAGCUCCUCACGGGGAGCCACGUCUCCAGAGGCGGGCGCACGGAGCUGUCACCGCGGCGUGAGCUCCAGCCGCGCCCCGCUCUCAGCCGUCCGCGCAGGAAGCACCGACACAGGGGGACCCAUGGGCAGCGGCAGCAGCAGGCUGUUGGGGACCUUGGCCCAACCGGACCUGUUCCAUGACCAGCCCCUGGAGCUGGAGCCAGACGAGCUGCUGAGAGAGUGUGAGAGAGUGCUGCAGCGGAGGCCCCCCCGGCCCCACCGCCACAUGGUCUACUGUGGCCCGGGCCCCCAGGACCAGGGGCCCCCCAUACGCAUUAUGCAGUGGAACAUCCUGGCCCAAGCUCUGGGCGAGGGGAAGGACGGAUUCAUACGCUGCCCCCUGGAGGCCCUGAAGUGGCAGGAGAGGAAGUACCUGAUCCUGGAGGAGAUCCUGACCUACAGUCCUGACAUCGUGUGUCUGCAGGAGGUGGACCACUACUACGACACCCUGGGGCCCAUCAUGUCUGGCCUGGGGUACCAGGGCAGCUUCCUGCCCAAGCCCUGGUCUCCGUGUCUGGACGUGGAGAGGAACAACGGUCCAGACGGCUGCGCUCUGUUCUUCCGCUCCUCGCGCUUCUCUCUGCGCUCCACGGCACACCUGCGGCUGUCGGCCAUGAUGCUGCCCACUAACCAGGUGGCGAUCGUGCAGAGUCUCCAGUGCAGGGCCACGGGGCGGGGGCUCUGUGUGGCUGUGACCCACCUAAAGGCGCGCAGCGGCUGGGAGCGUCUGCGUAGUGCUCAGGGAGCAGACCUACUGCACAGUCUGCAGAGCAUCACGGCGCGCUCUGACUCAGCGCUGCCCCUGGUGGUGUGUGGGGACUUUAAUGCAGAGCCCUCAGAGGAGGUGUACCGGCGCUUCAGCCGCUCUGCUCUGGGGCUGGACUCGGCCUACAAACAGCUCAGUGAGGACGGACGCACAGAGCCCAGCUACACCACCUGGAAAAUCCGGCCCAGCGGAGAGAGCUGCAGCACUCUGGACUACAUCUGGUACUCUCGCCAGGCCCUCAGGGUCCACACGCUCCUGGACAUCCCCUCAGAAGAGCAGAUCGGCCCUGACCGCCUGCCCUCUUAUCACUACCCCUCAGACCACUUGUCUCUGCUGUGUGACCUCAGCUUCAUCGAGCAGACUGAUACGCACAAGUAGUGACAUCACAGACGGCCUCCACUGACCCCAGCAGGGGUACGGGGCAUGUUACUGCAGAACAUGAAUGACUUACGGGUGCUCACUGUUUUAAAGCGCACAAUCUGCUUUUAUUUAUAACAACUGUUUAUUUAACUUCAUCUUUUCUAACCCUCUUCUUUCUUAUUCUGUAUGCUUGUUUACACUUUUUCUCAGUAAAUUUGGGUCCAGGUGUUUCCUCUCAGUGUACAGACCUUAAAGCUACCAUCUGUAACUUCACCCCAUUUUUGUUACCAGUAGUUGGCAGAUGUGAAACCAGCCCCCCUGCCCCUCCCCUUUGCCCUGGCCUUUGUUCAGACUCACCUGUUCUCUCUGCUCUCCUGUCAGGACAAAGCUGGCACACUAUCAGACAGCAAGAACAUACAUAGCACCUACAUCUAGUGGUGAUGUGUGAGAAGACAUGAGGAGGGUCAGUCUAAUUACAGAUGGUCGCUUUAAACCUCUGGUGCACAUUACUCUGUCCUGGCCUCAGUGUAUGGGAGCACAGAAUCGCUGUCUUUCAUUUGUCUGAGUUUCUCAAACUCUUGUGCACGUACUCUCCGCUGGUCUUCUUUACACCUUGUCUAUUUUUUUAUUUUUUCCACAAAGGCUCCUUGAACCAGUACUGCUGCUUUAAAGUUGGUCUGGUCCUGGUUUAGAGCGGUUAAUCAUACAUGAGUCCUGUUUCAGACAUGGAGUAGUCAGUGAUUCCUGCUAAAUGGUGAUAUUUAUUUUAAUCUUAGAGAAGCUCUGGCCUGAAUGACUUCAGAGUUGUGACUAAACCUAAACCUUCAGCACUUCUGUAUCUCAGAUAUUUAAACUGUUCAAAUUGUAUAUUUUUGUUUUAAAUUUCAGUUGUCUAUUUAUAAUGAUUAAUAAAGUUAUUUCAACUAA